AUAAUGAUUUAUUAUAUAUAUAUAACAAGAGUAUAAGAGUCUUUUGCAACUCAAUGAAUAAUGUAUUUUUGAAAAUGUCUCUUUAGUGAUGGUAAAAAUGAAAAGUGGUACAAUGAACGUGGUAAACAUAAAAUUUUCCCAAAAAUGUAUUAUUGUUCUUUCACUUUUAUGUUGUAACUCAAUUUCAUUUUAGUAACAUUAUUUAGCUUAUAAAUCUUAUAUGAAUUUCUGAAUGAAUAAAUUUUUAUUAGACUUGGUUAGAUCAUAUCAAUUUAUUUAGGAAAUGGUCCUAAUAAUUUGAUACGACUUUUAAUAAAAAAAUAAACAUGAUGAUUAUUAAAGGUUUAAAACUUUAUAAAAAUCAUUUUCUUGGUAGAAUUAUUGAAAAAUAACAAAUAAAAGUUGAUCUUUGAUCCAAAGGUAUAUAAUAAGACAACUUAAUUUGAAGCGUAGUGCAGAAAUCCUUAUUAACCAAAUAUUUAUUUACCAACAUUAAUACCAUCUUUUUCUCAAAAAAAAAAAACAUUAAUACCAUCUAUAAUACAAAAUAUUAAGCAUUUGUAGUUGGUGUUUGUAGGAAUGAAGGUGGAGUGGCCAGAGCUAAAAGGGGUGAGUGGAAUCGAAGCAAAGAAAAAGAUAGAAAGUGAUAAUCCACAUGUGACUGCUUUUAUAUAUCCUCAAGAUGUCUAUCUACCAUCCAUCAAUUGUUGUAAUCGUGUUGUCCUCUAUGUUCCGAGCGACAAUUGCCCCAGCGGUCCAGUCACCAACAUACCUAUUAUUGGAUAAUCUCAUCCUUUAUGCUUUCUAAAUUUCAACAAUUUUCCUGAAUAAAACAGAAAUAUAAGAGAUAUUUCUACUAUAUAAUCUUGUAUCAUCAAGUUUAUAUGUUUCUUUUACUGAAAAAUAAAAAUAUUGUUGUGUUUGUUUCUAUUACUAAUUUUAUAUCUUUUCUAAACUACUCCUCUUAUCUAGACGGACACUUUACUCCUCUUAUCUAGACGGACACUUUUUAAAGUAUUUAGAAAAGGUAAAAAAAUCUUCAAAAAAAAAUUGUUAUAAAAAAAAAAAGAGAAUUCCUUAGAAAUUCUCUAAAUAAAUUUUGUCAAGUUUUUUAAUAUCCAAUUUUUUUGUUUUCUAGUUUGAUAGCUUAACCAAUUAUUUUGCUUUUAGUACAUUAACUUUUAAACUGUGUUAACUUUAAUAUCCAAUUUUCUGAUUUUAAUCAAAUAUUUAUAAGUUUCAAAGAAAAUUUUAAAAAAUCUCCAAAAUUCAGAAAAAUUUCUUUACAGUUUUUAAUUUUAUUAAAGUUUUAGGAAUAAGAGUACCUAAACUAUAAAUAAUCUCAAAAUUUUGGAAUAAUUUUUAAGAUUUUGUUUUCUGAAAUUUUAAACUAAAUUAUCUUUUCAUUCAAAAUCAAGCUUUUAUGAUUCUUAAAAUUUGAUGACAAAAAAAUGAAUCUUAAAAUUGAAAUAUUUUCUUUCCUAAAACUUAAACUAAAACUAAAAAUAAAAUUUUUUAAAUCUAUUUCUUUUAAAUUUUAGAGAUUUUGUUACUAUUUUUAUUAAAAUCAACACAAUUUGAGUAUUAAAAUGAGUAUAAUGUUAAAUUUAUAGUAUUAAAAUGAAAAUAAUUAGUUAAGGUAUUAAACCAGAUAGAAAAAAGGUGGAUAAUAAAAACUUAAUAAAAUUUAGUUAGAGAUUUAAGUGGAAUUUUUUUCUAAGAAAAAUAAAGAAAUGAAACUCUUUAUAUAAAAAAAAUAUUUUUUUUGUAGAGUAUUUUAGUAUAUGUAACACAUGUAUAAAAUUAUCAGGAGGUAAUCAAUUUUCGAUAGGCCACCACCACAUUUUUACAUUGUCAACAUUAUAUCUAAUUUUUUUGGUUCAAUUUUAUACUUUUUAUUUAUCAACGUGAUCCCAAAUAGGUCUCAAAAUUCGUCUUUUGACCAAGCAGAAAAGCUUCAAUCUCUCCAUGUUUUGUCUACGAAAACCGGAGGAGCAUCUUCUCCUGUAGGACGCCAUCAACUUCUGUAGAAGCUCUGCUUGUCCAAUGUGAAGCACCUCCCUUCCAUUUUCCCACAUAACCAUAGACGACCAGGGAGGAUAGAAACACUCAACUCUUGAGUUGGUCUGACGAGUACACAUCCAUUUUAUGAUUUAUGGUAUGCCUCUGAAGGGUUAACCUCUAAAAUUCACAUAGGCGAGAAAAGGACAUUAAACCACCUACUUUCUGAGUCUACUCUGCACGCCACCACACAUGACCCUCUACUUACAGAUCUAAGUACCAAGCCGCCAUUCUGGUCCAACUUCUAAAUCUGCAAGCAAAGUGAUAAGAAAUAUAACUACCACGUCGUAGUUUGGGAGCCGACAAAACUAAAGAGAAAACGGUUUGUUUUUUCAAUAUCUGGAAAUGAAAUUCUAAAUGCUGGCCACCCUUAGACUUCUACUUCACACGACUCGUUGCUGUUCCAGAUCCGCCUUCAGCCUACUUAGAUCUUUUUCAGCUGCAAACACAGUAAAAGUCAGAGAUCUCCAUUAAAAUCUAGUGACAUCGACCGCCUCGCUGGAAAGAAAAAAACCACUGAAAAAAUCAAAGAAUAACGAGAGAAGAGAACGAAGUGUCUUUCAGACGGGAAUAAAAUCACUUGACAUCGGGGAUUCGUUGUUGUUGCACUAGGAUGCGAUCGAAGAGAGAGAGAGAGAGAGAGAGAGAGAGAGAGAGAGAGAGAGAGAGAGAGAGAGAGAGAGAGAGUAAAAUUCGAAAAGAGAUGUAAGAUAUGUGUUUUUAACUAAUAUUUUUUAUGAAAAGAUAAAACGAUAACGUUUUCUCUAUGUAUUUACAAAAAUUAUUAUCUGAAAUAAUACUGAUUUUUUUUAAUCUAUAUAAUGAACUUUUGCCGUUAAAGAAACGAUAACAGAGACCAAUGAGAUCCCUCCCAAUGGGCUUUCAUCUCCUUUCAGAAAGCCUAAUGGCAGCGGCUUCAGUUUGGUCACUAAAGGAAACAUUUUCUCUUCGCUCCGUUCCUUUACUUCAUGUUGGAUCCAUUAAUAGCCAUUAGGCUUUAAUGAAAUGUGUGAAAAGCAAAUGAUUUGGGCAUGUGUAUUUAACAGCCCAAAGAAUCAUUAUUUAUGAUGUAAAGGGAUUUGUCCCACAUCGCUUAGAGGAAGAGAAGUUGAGCAAUAUAUAUAUGUUCACUUACCAUCAAAGCUUAAACAGCUUGGAGAGAGAGGAGAGCUCCCACGCGUGCGCCGCCGCCGUCCGGUCGGCUCGGCUCGGCGUGGGCUUGGGUCUUGGUGGACCCAAGACUAUUUUUUUUAGACCAAGUUAAGCUCAACGUGAAAAAACAGCAUGCAAUUUUAUUUAAAACGACAAGUAGUUUGUCUAGAAAAUAAAAACGUCAUGCAUUUUAUCCUCUCAAAAAUUUUAAACGAGAUAAGAGAGUAUUGAGGAAGAAGUUUCGGAACUCAACUUUCCUCGAUCUCCGCGAGAUUCUCGCCCACGUGCAGCAGCUGUUGCGGGAAGUGGGUCUUCUCCGUCUCUUUAAAUUUCGCCUCUCCUCUUCCUUCAUUUUUUAACGGUUUUACACAUCAAACCAACAGCGAAAAUCCCUUAGCGUAAGUCUUAAAUACGAGAGUGUUUCGUAGAGUUUAUAGUUCAAUAGAGCGAUCACGAGUGAGGCGUGAUUCGUCUGCCAUGGUUGUAUCCUGGGACUCUAUAUUCGUACAGUCCCGUCUCACUAACGGAGCGAAUAUUUUGAGU